UAUUUAGUUUUUAACCCCCUUCCCUUUAGGAAUGGAUUUCUUUCUAUCUAAAAAAAUAGUAGAAUACGCAUGUUUAUGCGGUGUUUUGAGCCCGUUAACUAAGCUUUACUUCUGCCGACACUGUUUGAAUUUAAGAUGCGCAUUCUGUUGUCAUCAUGAAGUUGAUUCUCAUUUCUGUUCCAAUUGUUUGGAAAAUAUUCCUUCAUCUGAAGCUAAGUUAAGAAAGAACAAAUGCAACACUUGUUUUGAUUGCCCAUCAUGUCAAGCAACUCUCUCAGCGCGAGCCACUUCAAUUCAGGUUCCGAUGUCUACCAAAGGUGAAGGAGGAGAUGAAACUGAUGAAGGUUCCGCUUCAAAUAAGAUGGUAACUAAAAAGAUGUACUACCUGGCCUGCUUGGCAUGUAGAUGGACAUCUCGUGAUGUGGGAAUAAGUGAUCAAACUUCCCAGACUUGUUCAUGGCCGGAACAAGAAUAUUUUCACAGCACUCGCUUUCAACUUCUAUCUGAACAUUUUCAAGCUGUCGUUUUGUGCGAUAAAGAAGAAAAGCAAGAUUAUCUUCGAAGAAAAACUGUAAAAACUUCAAAGUUCCCAAGCAUGACGGAUCGAACAGGUUUGACUGUGGCAUCGAUUCGUCGUCAAAUAGGAUUCGAUAAAUCAGCUCCGAAAGCGAAGCCCAAACCUACUAAUAUUACUCCAUCAAUAGCGACAUCAGAAGUUGAAGAUCUUCCUGAUGAAAUAUUUACUAAACCAGUUAAUCUCAAGAACAUUACGACAAUAAAGCAGCGAUUGGCUCAGCCUGCUAAUCAACCGGAAACAGUUAAACAUUUGUAUCCUCAGCAUAAGAACCUUUCGAUCAAACGUUCCUUAAGAUGUCGUCAUUGUGAACACAACGUCAUUAAACCAGAAUACAAUCCAAGUUCAAUCAAAUAUCGCAUUCAAUUGUUUGCUAGCAAUCAUGUUCCAGAAGUUCGCUUUGUCAAAGCUGAUCCGUUUAAAAUUGGUGAAAGUGCUUCAAUCAUUUUAAAGAUUAUCAAUCCAACUAUAAAUGACAUGACAAUCACAAUCAUGGAUUUACCAACGGAAGAUGAAGAGAAAAUGGCGAUAGAAGAAAUGCGAAAAACUUUUGAUAAAAGUGUAAGCAUUGCGACUAAAUCGUCUUUGACACCUUCAAUCAUGCGACCAUCAUUGAUUGAAGAUCCUCGAAUGGUUGAUUGUAAAAUCACCGGUAAAAUUGAACUUCCUGACAGUUCAUUUGUUGUUAAUCAACGAGAUGAUUCUGCCGAGUUUGAUGACGAUAUUCAAGGUGAUCGUCAAGAUCCAAGAUUCAUUAUAUGGCGCAAGGCAAAUAAAGUCGAAAUUAAACUGAAUGUAAUUCCUUGUGAUGGUCUUAAGAAAGAUGACGACAUCAUUACUGGAUUCACCAUGCAAUUUACUUACAGCAAUGUGCACACUUCAACACCAGAGAAAGAAUCUCAAGGUCUGCGUCAUGCUUUAAAUGUUCGAGUUUACAUUAAUCCUGGAAAGAUUUCAGAAUAAACUUCUUUGAAUAAAAUUAAAAUGCUUCAAACACUUUUAAUUAUCUUUGUAAGCGAAAAAUCAUUUUAUUGGAAAUAUUUAUUAAAUAAUAAAAAUGUUA